CCUACUCCUGAAACUCUCAUCAAGCGAAUAGUUAUCCCUUAACUCUCAUUUCUCCCCAUCUGCAUUAUUUUCCAAAUCCGGGUUUUGAAUCCGAAGUCGAAAUGUCUGGCCGUGGAAAGGGAGGCAAGGGCCUUGGAAAGGGAGGAGCGAAGCGUCACAGGAAGGUUUUGAGGGAUAACAUCCAGGGGAUCACGAAGCCGGCGAUCCGAAGAUUGGCCAGGAGAGGCGGAGUAAAAAGGAUCAGUGGGCUAAUCUACGAAGAAACCAGAGGUGUUCUGAAGAUCUUCUUGGAACAUGUCAUUCGUGACGCCGUGACUUACACUGAGCACGCCAGAAGAAAGACGGUGACUGCCAUGGAUGUUGUUUAUGCCCUCAAGAGGCAAGGCAGGACCUUGUAUGGAUUUGGUGGUUGAGUUUUCUUUUAAAUAUAUCAAAAUUAUGGUUUUAGUUUUCAUAUAAAUGUUACUGUACCGAGUUGAAUAUUCAAACAUCAAUGGAUAUUGAAUCGUCUUUUUCGGUUA